ACAGACUGAAUGACUCCAUUUGUCUCAGUGAGCAGGCAAAAUCGAUCUAUGGUUUUAGAAGUCAGAAUAAUGGUUGCUGAUGGCAAGAGAUGAAAAGGUAAAACUUAGACCCGUUAGAGGGAAAGUCAAAUGAACUACCAGAAAGAGAAAGUAAGAAAACAAUCCCACUUACAAUUGGAUCAAAAAGAAUAAAACGCCUAGGAAUCUAUCAACCAAGGAGGUAAAAGACCUGUAUACUGAAAACUACCAGACACUGCUACAAGAAAUCAAAGAAGACCCAAACAAAUGGAAACAUAGUCCAUGCUCAUGGCUUGGAAGAAUUACCAUGGCUAAAAUGUCCCUACUACCCAAAACAGUCUAUGGAUUCAAUGCAAUUCCUAUGAAAGUUCUAAUGGCGUGUCAUGCGUCCUCUUUCCUGGAUGAGAGCAGUGCCUUGAUGUCAGCGUUCUGCUCUAAACCACGUGAAGCAUCCCGUGGUCCUGCAACCACUUUCCAGGACUGGCUGGCGAGUGUGGCAAGAUCCUCCCUCUGACCAACGACACCACAGGAGUCCCUGAAAGGCUCACACUUGGAUGGGGAACCGCAUCGGGCGCACGGAGGUGGAGAACGCCCUGAGCGAACACCUGGCGUGGCAGGAUCAGCUGCGAGGAGCAGCCAGGACCUGAUUCGAAGGAGGCAAGGAGGACACAGCGGUCCUUGUGUCUGUCCGUGGGCACUGAUGCAGGUCGGUACAGGUGUGGGAGUGCUUCCUCAUAGCCCAGGGCCCCUCCGUAUGCCCUACCACGUGGGGCGGAAUAUACCAGGCUUUCCUCCUCCUCCUCCACCUCCACACUGGGGGACCUGGGGGCCUCAGCCCCACCUCGUUCCUCCACCACACGGGCUUCCUUUCCACUCAGAAGCCUGUGGAGCUCCACGGGACAAUAGCAGCGCUGUGCCCAAGAAGGUCCCAGAGGAGAACCAACUGUGUGGUGGCACCAAGUCGGGGGCAAGUUUUGCGGCGCUGGUUUUCCACUCUCCCAGAUGUUCAGGAAUCUAUGGAUGUGAGAAGAUCUCCUACACCAAGUGCACUGCAGACACUGAGCUCCAUGGAUCUCCCUUCAUGACCAUUGUGAGGCCCGUGGGCACGUACCGCUCCACCCACCCAGGGGUCUCUGGAUCGUGGCCCUGCACCUACACCACAGGAGAGGGCGAUGACCCAGUGGAAGAAGCCGCUGAUCUUGUGGAUGUUGCAGCAGAAACUUCACCAUGUGCUCCUUACCUCCCCACAGAGGGAUCUCCUUGUCAGGUCCUCCUGGAUGCCUCUGGUGGCCUCUGUCUUUGGAUUUCUUCCAGUCUCAGAAGAUGUAGAUGA